AUGAGUAACCUGUCAGACGGUGUCGUUUGCCAAUUGCCAGCACUUAAAAAAACAUACUUGUGCGAGCGUGAAGGUGAUAACUUUACUGGUCUGGAAAGAAUCAUUAGUAAAUUGGAGAAGGAACACCAUCCAAACAGAAAAAAGGACCCCAGCUUUUGUUACAAGAAAUUAAGAGUAAAGCCCUACUCACCUUCAACCCAGGAGCAUAAUCUCCCCUCAUCCCUCCACUCUGCUGUUCCCAUUCCAUCUGUGCACCAGUUUCAAAAAACCAACCAAACUAACAUCAUUCAGACACUUACAGUGAUUGUUCUCGCAGACAAAAAUGGCCGGCAGAUUCCAAAGCGCGGCCAUAUUCAGAGCCUCAAACAGCUGACCCUGAUUGGCCGCUCCAUCUCCGUAUCUGGAGAACGUGACAUUAUCAUCCUUACUAUACUUCUGCGCAAAAGCCAAUCCACAGCCCAACGGGAUCUGAGCCCCGAAAAUUCCAUGGACGCCGUAAAAUCCGCCCUCCUUCCUGUAGAAAUGCAUCGAGCCCCCUUUCCCCUUGGAGCAAUCGUCCUUUCUCCCAUGAGGGGGGAUCGAGGUUGUGUGGGUGGUGAAGGGGAGCGGUGUCGACGGUGA